AUUGUCUCUGUGAAAGUUGAAAGUCUACAAUCAUGGAUAUAUAAAUCUUUGGGUGUGUGAUGUAUGAUAAAAAUGCGACACCCCAGGUUUCGGGACCUAAACGAAUAAUUCUCCUUCUAAUAUAGACCUCUGUUCAUUAUGGAGCAAAAUUCGUUGUCGACGCCCACUGUUUUUAAUGGGUCAGCAAGUCUGCCUAAACUUAUAAAACAAAACGAUAUAAAAAGCAAGGAUUUUGGCAACGAUAUUGAUGUUAUGUACUUGGAGAGGCUGAAGGCUGUACACGAGAAGAUAAAAUCUUGCAUAUCCUGCAGCCAACACGAGUGUCCCUUUAUAAAGGAAAGAAUUAACAAGCAUUUUACUAAGCAUCAUACGCCCGCCAAUGAAGGAUUUCAAUUACAAGAUGGACCUGCAAAGGUAUACAGGAAUCCGGCAAGAAAUGACAUCGCCUCCAAAAAUGAAUAUAGAAAAUUACUUCGGAGUACUGUCAUUGAAUGGUCGAAAAUAAUACCUGUUUACCCGAAUCAAAUAUUCGAAUUUAAAAAACAAAAUUUACUAAAUCUACUAGUAGAAAACAUAAAUGAUUUGCUUAAAAAUAUAAAUGAUGAAGACUACCAAUUUAAACUCGAAAAUAUAAUUAAUAGUUUUCUUAACUCAUUGCCAGGGUUUGGAAAGGAUAAAUUACUCAAUGACAGACUUAAAGAAAAUCUUUUAGAUCGCAUUUACAAUCUCAACAAUGAUCAUACUAAUGAGAAAAAGGACAAGGCUGUUGAAACCACUGAUGGAUUAGCUGAAAACAAAAAUAGUGAACGAGAACAUGAAGACAAUUCUGUAAAAGAAAUUAAAAUUGAAAAGCCCGAGGUUAAAGAAGUUGCAACUUGUACUUUAAUAAAUGAUUUACUAAAUAAACAAAAUAAUGCAACGAAUACAGUAAUUGAAUACUAUAAUGAGGUGAUUGGUCCUGAAAUAUUUUUAAAUAAUAAAACUAAAAACGUAAUGAAUGUACAAGUAUCAACAAGCUUUAAUGCGCAUGAAAAUAUGUCUUACGAAAAGAAGACAUUGUUCAGUCAAAAGGUCAAGGAAUGGAUGAGAUUUUUAAUGGAUAACGAGAACUACAAUUUCAUUAAUAAUAAUGUAGAUAAAACAUUUGUUGUUAACAUUCUGUGGGAUGAUUUGAAUGAAUAUUUAGUUGGUAAAACUAGGAAAGAUAAAAUGGUUUUAAAAAAGAAGAUAUCAAUGGUACUGGGUCAAAUGCCCUUAAGUACAGCUAUAUUGGAGCCACGCUAUAAAUAUGAAAUAGAAAAUGAUCUGUGCAAUAGACUACUUUGUAUGGAUUCAGACUUUACACAAACCUUUUCAUAUGUUGAUAAAAGGAAAAUUCAAAAUAUUGUUGAUGAAUCUCUCAAAGCUUUAGAUUUAAAUGUAGAUAAUAACACUUUUAAUGAAAUAAUAACUAUUGUAUUGGAAAAUCUUUACGAAAAAACAAAUAACAAACUGAUUAAAGAAGAACUAUUCUCAACUAUAAAUACUCUAACGAAAUUAACGUUAGGAGACUGUUUUGACUUAGUCAACACUAUAGUGGAGAGUGUAAAGUCUAUGCAGGACAACUUAGAUUACAAUGAGCAUGGAACAAUGACUGCUAACAGUUUUGGGUCAACUGCUUUCUCAGGAACUCUAACUAUCUUUGCGUCUGAACAAGAGAUGAGUAAUCCUACAAAUCACGGCAAAUCUAUUGUUAAUUUUAAUGAAGUUCCGAAACUUAGCUCCUAUGAAAUAACUUACGUCAAUAAAAUAGUUGAGACUAUUAAUCUGUGGCUGGAUACCUUACCGAAGGAAUUUAAAUCUGAUGAGAAGAGAGAAGAAAAUAUUAAAUAUUUGGCUAGAGAAAUUUAUGACGAAAUUAGACUUGAUGAUGUAGGUGAUGAAAGUGAGAGAGAUAAGUUCAAGGCGUUUAUUAUUCGUAAAUGGUUAAACAGAUUUGAUUUCUUUGAAAGACCACAUGAAGCAAAAUCGUACAUUGAAGAUUUAGUUCUUGAUAUAAAUGAUAUACCUAAAGUAUAUUUAAAUGAACCGAAAAAGGGAAAGAUAGUUGUAUGUUGUGGCUCAAAAAUCGAACCGGAAUGUGCAAUGAAAAAUCUUAUUUUAAAGUACAUUGAAUACAAUGAUGAAGAAGACAGCUCUGAUACCAGGGGUAUUUUCGCAACGUUACUAAAGUCGGAACUCCCAAAUUUAUGUAUUCCCUCAAGAAAAGAAGUCUAUGAUAGUUUAGAAAGGAAUUUGCAAAUCUCAACAUUUAAGAAAUUGGAUAAAGAAUUGUUCUAUAUUAUGCUUAUAACAGACUGCAUGCAAGAUGUUCCCUUAAGCGACUCUUUUACAAAUAAAAGGCGCAAUGAACUUGUGACCGAGCUUGCUGAGCAUAUUUAUCUGGUAGAAGAAAGUCUAUUAGAAGAUACCAUAGAAAAUUUAGUUAACAAUUUUGUAAGUGAACUGCCGAUUUCUAUUUUGCCAGAUUACAAAGAGAAUUUCGACGUAAUUGUCGAGGAUAUACUAUAUAAAAUUAAGAAUACUACACAGGCACGUUCCUGUUGUAACUUUGCAGCAUCAGACCAAGUACAUACAGCCAUUAAUGCUACAAAUUUGGGUGAUUAUAUCGAAUCGUUUAUACGUGACAAUUAUGUAACAUUAACAGAAAAUGAAACCGUUUUAGAAGUGUGUUCAUUCCGAUUAUUAAAAGAAGUAAAUGAUUUGAUAGUUGAAGAUCCAGCUGCAUUUAAUACUACAGAAGUUUAUAAAAGACUAGGAGAUGAUUCUUUAAUUCCUGAUCAAGAACGCCGCUUCAGUGCUGAAUUGAAAUAUGCUAGAGAAGUGUCUGACUGGUUACAUAAUCUGCCGUUAUUACCUGUUAUAAAUGAGGAAGAUUCCGCGAUUAGAAACAGAAAAAUAAUUGAAUUAAUACAUAAAUUGCAAGAGUACAGUAAUUUAAUGAAACAAGAGCCUAAUGAUGCAAUGGCAAAAACAAAUUUCUCAAACUAUUUGGAGAGAUGGUUGAUAAAUUUUUCUUUAGACUCUCGAAAGGAUAUUAAAAUGCCCUUGGUGAUUCAACAGUUACUGCAUAGAGUUGAAAGAAUAAAUAAAAAUGAGAGAGAGAUGCUAAAACAAGCAAAUAUAGUUUGUAAGGCACCCGUACCAUGCUGUAGUCACGGUAAAAGUAAGGAAAAGAAACCAGAUCCGGCAAGAGUUAUCGUUGAGUCGAUUGAAAAGUGGUGCAGAGAUUUACCAAUUGACGGUGAAACGGAAGAUGUUAAUAUCAUCAAAGAUACUGUAGCCACAAAGCUUUAUCAGAAAUUAGGCGAUAUAAAUAAUAGUUCUAUGCAUAAUGACGAAUCGUAUAGAGAUGCUUUAGGACAUGAAAUAGAUAGCUUGAUAGAUACUCUACCGACAAACGAGAAUCUAUUAAACAAAAAGAGCUUCUUGAAAAACAAAUUGUUACAAAUAAUUAUGGAUAACAAGAAACUAUUGAACCAAAAGCUAUCAGGCAGUCAAUACAAACAACGGCUCGAAAAUAAAAUAGCGAUGUCCCUCUCCAAUCCAGUAAUAAGGACACAAUCCGAAGAUCCUGAAUUUGAGAUAUAUAAAGAUCUUCUAGCAACAAUGUUUAUUCUUGACAACUUUGAUUACAGUAAUAAUAAUAAAUUAAAAUAUGAAAAACAAAUUCGUGAACAAAUUGAUAAAUACCACCAGAGUGCCUUAAGGCGAAACCCAAUGUCUAUGGCCAAAGAACAAAUGUUUGUUGAAUUAUAUAGCGCCUUAUUUCAAGUUCCAGUCCCCAGUGAUGACUCCGUAUCUGAAGAAGUAGAAGAAAUAAAGACUCGAUGUGAAAUAGAAAUAUGGUUCAAUAAAAUGCCGUUAACAGAAACCAAGAACGCAUCAGAUGCACUGCAAAGACAUAAGAUAAUUUCUAUGUUAGCAAAAAGAUUGCAUCAAAUAGAGAAUAGUGAAGCAAGCCCAGACGAGAAAAUCCAGAAGGAAAUAUUGAAGUGGCUGCGAAAGUUACCGUUACUCCCUGGAAAGGAGGCUUACAUCGACCAAUAUGCCAGCGAAUUAAGAGGAAAAUUAAAAUCGACAUUUGCCAUGAGAAAGUGUGUCUCUCAAGUAAACAUUACGAAGCUUAUAGAGAAAGUUAACUCUCGAACACUUAUUCCUCAUCGUGAAGGUCAAACUCAAACUCCAUUGCCUAAUUGUUGUCAGGUACGCCCUCCAGAUACAAAGAAUGCAACCGAUAAAAUUAUUGACUUUGUUGAAGAUUGGUGCAGAGGUUUAUCCAUUCCCGCCAGAACUCAGACAGAAAUAGAUAAUGUCAAAGCAUUUAAAGAUAAUAUGGUUAUUAAAAUUAUUAUGAAAAUUAGUCAACUUAACAUGAAUCCGGAAUUAUUUAAUGACGAUAAUAAUUAUAAGAACGCACUUGAUGAAGAACUAGACAGUCUAUUAGCAACACUCCCAUCGUGCUGUGAUAUUGUUGAAAACAAAGAGAGUAAAAAGAAAGAAUUGAUAGACGCAAUUAAUGAAAUAAAAUCUUUGAUUGUUGAAGAAAAUUCACGCUAUAAAUAUAAACAUGAUCUCAAAAAUGUAGUAAAUAAUGUUUUGGAGACUUCAAAUAGUCCAGACUCAAAAUCGGAAAUAGUGAAUGAUAUUGUUGAUAAUUUUAUAUUUUUUCACUAUUGUAAGGAUGACAUAGAUGGAAAACAAACGUACAAGAUAAUGAUCACUGAGGAUGUCAAGAAAUGUAUUGCUGGAACCAAUGAGUCUGUGUUCAAGAGUAAUAAACUUGUUUGUGAAUUAUCAAAAGUUCCCGAUCCAGGAGAUAAAAUUAUCGCAGAUGAAGUUGAAGAAAUACGAAUGAAGUCCGAAGUAAAGAAGUUUUUAAAUGAACUACCCAUUAGGGAAGAAAAGGAACCAUUAAGGUCUCAAAUUAAAGCACCAUUAGCCAGGCGAUUAAGUGACUUGGAAAAAUCUGGCCACACAAAUGAAACAGAACAAAAAAUGAAGGAGGAAAUCAAAAAAUGCCUUAAGAAAAUAGAUGAAAGUGUUGAUGCAUUACAGAUAGAUCUUUUUAUUGAGAAGCUUAGAAACAAUGAAGCAGAACGUAAAUCACAUUCAAAUGUUGUAUUCACAACACCACCGGCGUACACACAUGAGAAUAAAACUAAUGACAAUCGAUCUUUAAUACCAAUAUCACACGCUGAUGAAAACAGAUACAAAACAAUACCUCAGUCUAGUAAUACCGUAGACAGGCACUCAGGCUUAGAUCAAGAUGAAGAAACACAAAGCUAUCUGUCAGAAUUUGAAGCGGGAAUUCGGGUGGAGUCUACACCUAAAGAAAAUGUGAACUAUGAAGUAUUUGGUAGAAGUACAUACUCAAAACAACCAAAAGGAACGCAGAAUGGAAAUCAAGUGAAAAAAAAUAAUCGUAAUCCUAAAAAAGAAGCACUCAAACCAAUAGAAAAAUACAAUAGAUACCAAAUUUCUAGUGACAGAAUACCUGAUUGCAAUUAUGAACGGCAAAUGAUUGAAAUAAAACCGUGUAAAAGAGUGCAGAAGUCCGAGUCGUGUCUUAAAAAGCUUGAGUUGAUUUGCGAAUGCAACAAACAAAAUUUUGAAUGUGGUUGUCAACAAAGAAAAAUAUAA